GGCCGCCCGGACCCGCCCCGGGCCCGCCCCUCGCGUCAGGCCCGAGGGGCGGUGCGGGAGGGGAGCGCGUUCCCCGCUGGGCGGCGGAGGGAGCUCGGCCCUCCUCGCCGGGAUAUUAGGGUUGAACUCACGCAAGGCCCCGGAAUGGGCUGUGAGGAGACCCCGCCCAGAUCCUGAGAGCUUGUGCGGGAAAGAAAAGGCUGCGGGAGCUCCGGUGCCCUGGGAGCUGCAGCGUAGAGGGAAAGGGACCCGUGGCGGGGCGGCGGCUGAGCCCGGGAUUAGACUGCACCUGCCUGAGGAGGGAGUAGGAAAGAAAGAAAGGAAGGAGGGAGGGGAAUGCUCUCUGGGUGAGACAACGGACAGCUGGCAUCUGAUUGGAAAACACAUGUUGAAAUGCUGCCAGGGAACAGCUUUGCCGUGAAAGGAUUCCUCCCGCGGCGCUUCCACCGGGGAAGGACUACGCGGUGGCUCUCGCUCCCGUUCCUUGCCUGUUCCCGGCGGUUGGCGGCAGCUCCGCUCCUUGUGCCGGCCCCGGAGAUAGCGGCCUCCCUGGUUUCAUACUCGCGGCUGCUGUCGCUGGAGAAGCCUGUUACCAGCCUUAUAAAAGGUCACCAGCGAGGUCUCUACACGGUGUCGCUGGCGCGUGGCGCCCAAAGAUGCCGAAGUCGCGCUUCGGAGCAUUCCGUGCACGGGCGUUGGUGAACAGGGAGCUGCACGAGGGAGAAGGAGAACACACGUGAGAGAUUCGAUUCAUUUCACCUUUCCCGGCUUCCCUGUUGCCUUCUGGAGCGUGUUGUCCCGCAGAGUCAUCUGCAGGCAAAGCAAGCCGCAGCACCAGGAUUGAAUCAUCCAUAAACAAAUGUUCGUGAUAAAGCCAAAGUCCGUAACUCCACUAUUUGGGGAACUGGCAUGAUAAUAAAAUAUUUGAGGUUCCAAAGGUCAAUAUUUUCUGGAGCAAAUGAGUUGGAAAGGCAUUCAGAUGAAGGCCUGAACGGCUUGGUAGGAAGUUUUUUAAGUGUAUGUACCAAAUGCUGUUCCAGAAUAGAUCAUUUUCCCCAAUUAAGCAGGCUCGAUUGCUCAAGUAAUAUUCCAAUUGUUCUUUGACAACGUUUUGAUAAACACAAUAUCUUUUUUGAUCAACCAGCAAGCAAAUUUUGUUAAUUUGAUUGGUAUGUAAUAUUGCUAAUGUUGAUUAGGUGUUAAUAACUAAGUGCAAUUAGCAAAGCUGGAGGAAGCUUUGUUUCUUACCAGAGAAACUGAAAGUUCACCUUUAGGUCACUUUCAGUUCUGCAAACUGCACCUUGGAUAGUAAUCUCCUUUUCUGAUAAAAGAUGUUGAGUCACACACAAGGCCAAAAUAAACUGCUCUUUAGGGCUUGGCAUAUGACAAUUAGAAUUAAAGAAGGCAAGCCUUUAAGGAGAGAAGGAGAUUCUGAGAAGAAAUAGAGAUAGCUGAGGAUUCUGUAGUUAAGGCAAAAGGAGGAAUUUUAAUAAAAUUUCUCUAGUUGACUUUAAUAAAAUGCGCUACUUUCACUUGAUAGAACAGAAAAGGUGUUAGGCAUGUGGAUUUCGUGUGCCUUUACUGAAUCACUGUUGUGAGAUCCUGGAUCCGAAUCUCAUUCAAUUAUUGAUGUGGGUCAGAACCAACUCACUGUGAGUGUGUGUGUGUGUGUGUGUGCAUGUGGGGAAGGGCUGGGCCUGGGCCUGCAGAUCCCUGGUAAGGCCUGCACAUAAGGCCUGUGCUGAGGGCACAGGGCAAAGCCGGAAGGCAAGGCCUGCAGCCCAUGCAGAGCACACAGCAUCACUGAAGGCCCUGCAGUCGGGCUGUUAGUCAAGGCAGACCUGACUGGUAGCUCACCCACAUUACACCCCUGCAGCCUGUGACUGGCCACAGCACAACUCACUCUAGCCUGGAAGGCACUGACUGGAUAUCCUGCCUGGGAGGGAAAACUGAACUCUAUAAAUACACGAGACUCCAUAUAGUCCCUCCUUCCCUCUGGUCUCUCCUGCAGCCUGAACCAUGAUUCUCUCUACUUAAGAAGAUGGCAUUUUUUUCAGAAAGCCCUGCAUUGCAGUCAGUGAGCAGUGGAUGCUAUGUGCACCUUUGGGAAAAGGUACGUUUCCCUAAAAUUAAUGUUUGUGCUUUCUUUGAGUGUUGGUCAAAGAGGUCAUAAUUGUCAUAAAUGUCUUAAAGGAUUUUAUAAGGUAUAUAUUUGAUUAGAAGGUUUCAGUUAUGGAAUUGAAGGAGUUAAACCAUGAAUUAUAGUUGUAUUUUAAACUUUUUUAUUUUCAGUUUUCUCAUCAACUGACAGUGCAUAGAAAACCUUUGUUUGCUUUGGAGUAGGACCGUAACUGUGAAAUGUCCUUUUGUGUAUGCUUGGAAAAGUCUCUGCAAGGUUGUUGAACUUCAGCCAGCUGUUUGCCAUGCUGCAUUUAUUUGAACCCCCAUGUUAGCCCACUAAUGACAGCUCUAUCUAUCAGCAAGUGCAUUACUUUCUCAUUGUUCUUUCUGCAGGCUUGCUAGAGGCUGGAAAUGCCUCACAGAAGCUCAGAGCCAGGAAAACAACAGUUAUUGGAAACCUAAGUAGGAGACAAGCUGAAAUACAAAGUGUUCUAGAAGCGAAAAUGUAAGAAUGCCAUUUUGGUAUCCUUAAACAAGCUCCAUACAUAGAAUCAAUAGAAUUGCUCUAGGUGGCUUUUAACAAGGAAGAACAUCAUAAGCAGUUUCAAAGGAAACCAGUUUUGUCCAUACAUACAGAAAUAAUAACUUGUGAAUUAUGUGACUCAUAUCAUGGUUUGUCCUUUUUUUUUUUCUUCCCCUACAAGAUGAUUAUACUUAGAAGUUCUGUGUUUGGAACUCUCUGAUUCCUUUUUUCUGCAUCCCCACUGGUGUCUGAAUGGGUUCCUUGUUGGUUUUGUGAGCACUGUGAGAGAGCAGGUGUACUUCCUGGGUGCCCAAGUCAUUUCCUCAUACUGAGGAAGACCUAAGGCUUACUGCUGUUUUCCAUCUCUCCUCUACGGCCAUCUGGUUUCUGCUGGAGAGAGACUUUGCAGGUGGGUGGAAAUCAAAGCAGAGUUCCGUAGGUUUUGUAUCUGGGUCGUCAGGAGCAGGUGCUGUGUGUGCACGGUGAAAUGUAUUUGCUCCAUACUUUAGAUCUUGCCUCUGGAAAGUAAUCUUGAAGAUUUUUCUUUCCAACUUCCACAGAACAUAUUAUUAAUUUGGUGGCUGAUUUUUUUUCCUUUAUCCCAGUAAGAAUUUUACUAUGAAGUGCCUUAAUGUUUAGUGAUACCUGUAAUAUGUUUCAAGUUUAAUGUAUUGAGGAAUACUUGACAUCCAGGUGGCUCAGCUUGCAAGCUGCAAAUAGAAAUGCAAACUGGGCUCUGAGUGGGAGCGCAAGAUGAGGCUGUGAACUGCCAAUGUUUGGGAUAACAAAGGACACGAAGAUGGCUUUGUCAGCAUUUUGAAAACAAAGGAGAUGAAGACAGGUGAUGCCAGCAAGGCGGAUAGACAUGGAGAGGGGAGGCAGGAGGAGAAGACAGAGAAGGAAGAGCCAGACUGGUGUGCGGGGGAGACUGUGAGGGUAUAAAAAAAGCCCAGGUGUUCUAGGCUCAGGGCUUGUUCUUGGAGGGACUGUCUUGAGUUGUUGUUGUGUUACUGUGCCAGGAAUAAAUUGCCUUGUGGAACGUCUUAGACUCUGCUGAGGGAAACCUGGGGUUGAACUGGUAAGGAAGUAUGGUCUGUCUGUGUGUGAGAGGGGUGUGUAGGGGGUCAAAUGGGAUGCCCAUCAGCUCUUUGGAGCCACCCACUGUGAAGGGCCUUUGGUCCCAGCAGUGAAAGUCUCUGGUUGUUGUAAGGGUGACUGCCAGUGAGUCUCGUCAAUGAUCAGACUGGGAAGUUUUAUUAACAAAUGAAGUGUUAAAAAAUGAGAAAUGAGAAACUGCUCUCGUGUUGGAGGAAGUUAUCUGUUGACUUAAGUCAAAAUAGAACUGUGUGAAGAAAUCUGAGCAGGCUGAGUGGAUUGACUAACAACAUUCAGUUUGGAUAAAUGCAGACAAUCCAGGCUGAAAGAAAAAAUGCUUGUUACACUAUUUUUUCCCUGCUUUUUAAUAUUUCUAAAUUCAAUAUGUCCACUUUGGUGUCAUCUCUAUAAAGUGGAAAAUUACCUGUUUAAAAUCAUCUCUUAUCAAUGUGGUGAUGUACCACGUAAAAAAAAUAUUUUGAAUUUUUUCUUUCUUAAUUUACGUUAGUGAUACAGCUUAAUUUAGAGUAACUUGUGCUUCCUGAUCACCUCAUUAAAGAAGUAUGCCAGAUGUAGAUUUGGAUGGUUAGAAAAAGUGUUUAAGGGCUAAGGAAAAGCUUAAAAUUAUUGUGGAAAAAUGGAAUGGUAUAAAAAAUAAGAUGCCUAAAAUAACACUGAACCGAAAGCAUAAGAGCUGAAUUGAAAAAUCAAAAUUUAUAAAGGGCAAUACUUUUUAUGUGCCAUAACUAUGGUUUGGAUUUUAUUUCUCUGGGAAUCUGCUGAGGCUCUUGCAGUAUUGCAGAGCAGUGGGAUACUAAUAUGAACACCAAGAACGUCUGGAUCUGUCGUUAAGUCUUUCACACUUCGUAAGGGAUUGUCGGAAAAUAAACUUCAGCUCAGUCAGACCCAAUACAGGAAUAUAAGCGUUAAUCGGCUAGUCAGAGAAGGAAAAGGGCCACUAAGAAAACAUAUUUGGAUGUAUUUGGGAGCAGCUGGGUGUGCCACUGCUCUCUGCUGUCCGUGUUGCUGAGCUGUAGUGUGUGGUUGCUGUAGCAGAAAAAGGCAGCAGCUAGUCAGGGAAGAAGGCCGGGGGGUCCCAGCACUGUGGGUGACACAUCUUUGCGAAGCAGCUCGCUCUCCUUGCUGCCCUCGUUCCCCGGUGGCUUAGGAGCGCUGGGCAGAGCGAAGCUGGCGGAGGCUCCGCUCCGUGAGGCGCGGGCAGAGCGCGGCUUCUCGCGGCCUCGGGAAGGAGGGGCUCGGCCGCCCUUUCGGUUUCGUUUCCACCGGACCGGGCGGUGCUGCGGGAAACGAAACUUCGUGCCGCGGCGGGCUGGGCUGCACCGCUCCGGCUGCUGGAGCUGCGGGACCUGGAGCAUCUGCCGCGGCUCGCAGAAUCUAUUUGAGAUUGCGCCAAAAUGGAUCUUGAAUAUAUGGAGAAGAUCAACCAUUACUGUCAAAUAAAUAAACUUACACUGCUUUAUGACACUGCUGGGAUGACCGGCCCAUCUCACGAUCCUGAGUUCACAAUUGUGGUCAAACUAAAUGAUGUGGAAUAUGGUACAGGCACUGGUAAAAGUAAGAAAGAAGCAAAAAGAAUAGCAGCAAAAAAAACAUGGGAAAUGAUUGAGGAACAGAGUCCUUCAAGUAUGGGUGCUGCAGAAUUAGCAACAACUCAAACAAACUCAUCACCUGAACCAGACAGAGACUAUGUCAGUCUACUGAAUAUUUUUGCACAAAAGGCACGGCUACAAGUUGAUUAUCCUGAAAGAACUCGUACUGGAGAUGCCCAUGCUCCUAUAUUUUUUUGUAGCUGUACAAUUAGUGGUCAGUUGUAUGGAAGGGGCACUGGAUCUACUGUAGCUGCUGCAAAACAAGCUGCUGCCAAACAAGCAUUUGAGAAGGUGCAAACUGAAAAAUCUAGUGGCAAUUCAACGUUUAGCAAACAUAGUAAUUCCUCUCAAGUGCCAACUCAGUCUGAUUCGAACAGUAUUUCCUUUGAAGACUCAGCUCCAAUGUUGGUAGAAAAAAUGAAAGACAUGGCAGUAUGUGAAAAGCUUUCACCUUCUCAGAGAAAUGCACAGAGUUCUGCCCUGAAGUCCAAAAGAAAAUUGGCAGCUAAUUUUCCUAAUGUAAGAAAAGAGGAAGAGAACAAAAAUAUGUCAGAUUCAGAUGAAAGUUUGCCAGAUGUGGACACGAAUACCAGAAAAGGGAAUGGAAAUCCACACACUGUUGAUAAAACAUUUCUUAAUAAUUUUAAAAAUAUAGAGCCUAUUGGUGAAGGUGGUUUUGGGAAUGUUUUCAAGGCAAGAUCAAAGUGCGAUAAGACAACCUAUGCAAUCAAACGAGUUGAAUUCACAAAGAAUGUAAGGCGUGAAGCAGAAGGACUUGCAAAACUUAAACAUGAAAACAUAGUGCGGUAUCAUUGCAGCUGGAAAGGGUACGACCAUAUAACUAAUCGAGAUGCAAGCCUGAAUUCCGACAAAACAACUCGCUGUCUUUUCAUCCAAAUGGAAUUCUGUGAACGAGGGACCUUGGAAAAGUGGAUUGGAGAGAAUAGAGAAGACCAAAACUAUCAUGAAAUGGCACAAAACAAAUUUUUACAAAUAAUGAAAGGAGUGGAAUAUAUUCAUUCUGAAAAGUUAAUUCAUCGAGACCUCAAGCCUCCGAAUAUAUUCAUAUCACAUGAUGAUAAAAUAAAAAUAGGUGACUUCGGCCUUGUGACUUCUAUGGCAUAUGAGACUCUGACUGAGAACAUAGGAACAAAAUCAUAUAUGGCACCAGAACAGUUCGGGGACAGAUAUGGAAAGGAAGUAGAUAUUUAUGCACUGGGACUAAUUUGGUUUGAAAUUCUUUCAGCAUUCACUAAUCAUGAGAAAAAUGAGGUAUGGCCUUCUGUUAGACAAGGUCAUUUUCCAGGGAGUUUCACCAACCAAUUUCCACUGAAGGCAUCCAUAAUCAAAAAGAUGCUUUCAAGAGACCCUUUCAAGAGACCCUCUGCAACUCAAAUACUUGAUCUUGUUAAGUCUCUUGAUAAAGAGAAGUCGCUUAAAAAUAAUACUCAUUAAAUGCCCUUUUAAAAGGCUUUCAGACUCU